UCCCUUAGCUGUAGCAAUAUAUAUAAUGCCCAGGCCUCAGAGGCGGUGAAGACGACGGCUGUAGAUCAGCUUAAGCACACCAAUGGAUCCAUCCACCUCCAGUCAUGCUUUAGAAUUACAGAACCUUAACUCAGCUUCUAGUGGGAACCAGGAGGAUUUCACAUGCAUGGCUCCUAAAAUUUACAAGGCUGCUGCAGAAGGCGACACCAAUAUCCUCGAGGGAAUGCCUAGCGCUGACCUUCGAGUCCAAUUAACACCCAAUAAGAACACCGUCCUCCACAUUGCAGCGCAAUUCGGUCAACUGAAGUGCGUUGUAUGGAUCAUUCAGCACUACUCCGCGGAUUCGUCCCCACUGCAGAGGCCCAAUCUGAAAGGGGACACCCCCCUCCACCUUGCAGGGAGAGAAGGGCAUCUAGAGGUCGCGAAGGCUCUUAUCCGUGCUGCAAAAACAGUUUCCGAAAGAGACAUUGAGAGUGGGAUUGGAGCAGAUAACACCAUGCUGAGGAUGACCAACAAUGAGAAUGACACAGCCUUGCAUGAGGCCGUCCGGUAUAAUCAUUCGAAGGUGGUGAAGUUGUUGAUCAAGGAAGAUCCCGAGUUUGAAUAUGGUGCUAACUUUUCUGGUGGGACUCCUCUAUACAUGGCUGCUGAGAGAGGAUCUAGAGACUUGGUGAAAAUAAUCAUAGAGAGCACUAAUCGCGGUCGACUGGCUCACACUGGCCCCAUGGGUAGAACAGCUUUGCACGCAGCUGUGAUUUCCCAUGACCCAAAAAUGGUAGAAGACAUUCUAGAAUGGAAGCCAGAUCUAACCAAAGAAGUAGAUGAAAAUGGGUGGUCUCCACUCCACUGCGCUGCAUACUCGGGUUAUGUUUCAAUAGUGGCGCAAUUACUUGAUAAAUCUGACGAGUCUGUAGUCUACCUAAGGGUCAAAAACUAUGGCAACAAGACAGCUCUUCAUAUUGCAGCCACCCGUGGAAGGAAGCGCACAGCAAAACUGCUGGUGUCACGCUUUCCAGAUUGUUGUGAACAAGUCGAUAUUAAUGGAAAUAAUGUUCUUCACUUAAUCAUGAUGCAAAGAAGAUUUUUCAAACGCUUGAUAAAGAUUCCCUGGAUGAAUGUGGGAGCACUUAUAAAUGAGAAGAAUGUUGAAGGACAAACGCCUCUGCAUCUGCUUGCUGAUUCCCAGCUGAGAUUUCGUUCAGAUUACAUAAGGAACAAGAAAGUAGAUAAGAUGGCACUUACCAACCAAAACUUGACUGCUUUGGACGUAAUUUCAUUGGCCGAGGAUUUAACUGGACGAAAGGGUGGUAUCAUACAAAGCCUGAAACAGUCCAAAGCUAGAGUCGGGCCUUUGUUGUGGCAGAAGACUAUGAGAAAAGGCAAGAACAGCAGUAAAAAAGUACGUGAUAAAGGUUCAGACAUCUCUUUCUUAAGGAAAGUAAGUGACAGCCAUCUGCUAGUGGCCACACUCGUAGCCACUGUAUCCUUCGCAGCAGGUUUUACACUGCCCGGCGGGUAUAAUGAUAGUGACGGCAUGGCCAUUUUAAGCAAAAAGGCAGCUUUUCAAGCAUUUGUUGUGUCAGAUUCCAUGGCCCUGGGCCUCUCUGUGACUGCUGUAUUGUGUCAUUUUUGUACUGCACUGUCUGAGAAAGGGCUGCAGCUCGCAGUAUUGUUAAAGUUCGCCUAUUUGCUCACCAAGUUGGGUGUAGGAGCAAUGGUGGUAGCAUUCUUGACCGGCUUGUACGCCGUACUGCCACAUCACUCAGGGAUUGCGAUUUUAACUGUGAUCAUCUGCGUCUGUUGUUUAGUUUUAAAUUAUGCACUGCUAGGCGAAUAUGAAAAGAAUGUCGAAGCACGGUUAUAUAUGUUGGAAAGUAAACUUGAUUUGGGUAAGUUCUUUAGAAUUAGGACUUAAUUUCCAUUUUAAAACAAUUAGAAUAUUUUUAGUUUGAGAGAGAUUUUGUUUUCAUAUUUAAGUAAUUGAUUUUUCUACAUUUUAUCA